AUGAAAGCAUUAAAAGAAAAGAUAGUGAAAGCAUUGGAAAAAAAGCAAAUAGGUCACUGGUAUGAAUCGUUCCACAUAUCUAACGGUGCACCGGUGGAACGUAUAUCUACUACAGCUAAUAUCAAGCCAAAAGAAAGUAACGAUGACAAUAGUUGCAUAUCAUAUUGUUGUAGUGGAAAAUGGUUUUUUUUUUUCAAUACUGUCCACCUUAAAGCUUUUCGUACAAAUGUUGCAUUUGAACCGCUGAAUUACGACGAAAAUAAUGAUGUCAAAACAUAUACGAAUUUGAUGAAUUUGCUCAGUAGUUGUAGCGAUGUAACAUAUGAGAAUAUUGACACGCUUUGGAGCACUGAUGUCUACGAUUUGAACACCAAGAGGCUUUUGGAUUGUAGAAAAUAA